CGUCUCCGACACCGGCCGACACCAUGAACCCGGACCUGCGCAGGGAGCGGGCCGCCGCCACCUUCAACCCCGAGCUGAUCACACACAUCCUGGACGGCAGCCCCGAGAAAACCCGGCGCCGUCGAGAGAUCGAGAACCUGAUCAUGAACGACCCAGACUUCCAGCAUGAAGACUAUAACUUCCUCACUCGCAGCCAGCGUUACGAGGUGGCUGUCAAGAAGAGUGCUAGCAUGGUGAAGAAGCUGAGGGAGUUUGGCAUCGCAGAUCCUGACGAAAUCAUGUGGUUUAAAAAACUACAAUUGGUCAAUUUUGUGGAACCUGUGGGCCUCAAUUACUCCAUGUUUAUUCCUACCUUGCUGAAUCAGGGCACCACUGCUCAGCAAGAGAAAUGGCUGCACUCAUCUAAAGGACUCCAGAUAAUUGGCACCUACGCCCAGACGGAAAUGGGUCACGCUUUGUGCACCGAGGGCGACCUGAGCCUUUGGAUCUUCACUUGGGCAUGUUCCUACCCACCUUGCUUCACCAGGCCACUGCGGAACAGCAGGAGCGUUUCUUCAUGCCUGCCUGGAAUUUGGAGAUCACUGGCACUUAUGCCCAGACAGAGAUGGGUCAUGGAACUCAUCUUCGAGGCUUGGAAACCACUGCCACGUAUGACCCCAAAACCCAAGAGUUCAUUCUCAACAGUCCUACGGUGACCUCCAUUAAGUGGUGGCCUGGUGGGCUCGGGAAGACUUCAAAUCAUGCUAUAGUUCUUGCCCAACUCUUCACUCAGGGGAAGUGCUAUGGAUUACAUGCCUUCAUCGUACCUAUUCGUGAAAUUGGGACCCACAAGCCCUUGCCAGGUAUUACUGUUGGAGACAUUGGCCCCAAAUUUGGUUAUGAAGAGAUGGACAAUGGCUACCUAAAGAUGGACAACUAUCGUAUUCCCAGAGAAAAUAUGCUGAUGAAAUACGCCCAGGUGAAACCUGAUGGCACAUAUGUGAAACCUCUGAGUGACAAGCUGACCUAUGGGACCAUGGUGUUCGUCAGGUCCUUCCUUGUGGGAGAAGCAGCUCGGUCUCUGUCCAAGGCCUGCACCAUUGCCAUCCGCUACAGCGCUGUGAGGCAUCAGUCUGAAAUCAAGCCAGGUGAACCAGAACCACAGAUUUUGGAUUUUCAAACCCAGCAGUAUAAACUCUUUCCACUUCUGGCCACUGCCUAUGCCUUCCAGUUUGUAGGCGCAUACAUGAAGGAAACCUACCAUCGGAUUAACGAGGGCAUCGGCCAGGGAGAUCUGAGUGAGCUGCCUGAGCUUCAUGCCCUCACUGCUGGGCUUAAAGCUUUCACCACCUGGACGGCAAACGCUGCUAUUGAAGAGUGUCGGAUGGCUUGUGGUGGUCAUGGCUAUUCUCAUAGCAGUGGUAUUCCAAAUAUUUAUGUCACUUUCACCCCAGCCUGUACCUUCGAAGGAGAAAACACUGUCAUGAUGCUACAGACAGCCAGGUUCUUGAUGAAAAGCUAUGACCACGUGCACUCAGGAGAGCUGGUGUGUGGCAUGGUGUCCUAUUUGAAUGACCUGCCCAGUCAGCGCAUCCAGCCACAGCAAGUGGCAGUCUGGCCAACUGUGGUGGAUAUCAACAGUCCAGACAGCCUGACAGAAGCAUACAAGCUUCGUGCAGCCAGACUAGUGGACAUUGCUGCAAAAAAUCUUCGAAAUGAAGUGAGUCACAGGAAAAGCAAGGAGGUAGCAUGGAACCUAACUUCUGUUGACCUUGUUCGAGCAAGUGAGGCACAUUGCCACUAUGUGGUAGUUAAGCUCUUUUCUGAAAAACUCCUCAAAAUUCAAGAUAAAUCCAUCCAAGCUGUUUUAAGGAACCUAUGUCUUUUGUAUUGUCUGUAUGGAAUAAGUCAGAAGGCAGGGGAUUUCCUUCAGGGGAACAUCAUGACAGGGUCUCAGAUUACCCAAGUGAAUCAGCGUAUAAUGGAGUUGCUCACUAUAAUUCGCCCCAAUGCUGUUGCUUUGGUUGAUGCAUUUGAUUUUAAGGAUGUGACGCUGGGCUCUGUUCUUGGCCGUUACGAUGGGAAUGUGUAUGAAAACUUGUUUGAGUGGGCCAAGAAAUCCCCACUGAACCAAACAGAGGUCCAUGAAUCUUACUACAAGCACCUGAAGCCACUGCAGUCCAAGCUCUGAAGUGUGAGAAGGACAAGUUACGGUGGCUCCAGAAAGCAGCUGUGUGCAUCUCUCUCUCCUACCCAAGGCACACAUCUGUGCAGAAUCUUUAUCACAUUCAUAUAGCUGUAGAACGAAUGAUAAAUUGGCCCUUUUUCUCUUUUUAUAAAUGAAGAAAAUAAUGAACAGAUUUCAGAGAUUAAAUUGAAAAAAGGAUGCGUUCUAAGUGCAAUUAACACUGAAAGAGACUUCUCAAGCAUUCAGAAAAAACUAAAGAAAUGGCAGUGUGACUUCCAUUUGUAAUGCUGCUGAUCCCCAUUAGGUCAUGACUUUUGAUAAUUAGAAUUUAUCUACUAAGUACUUAAUUAUUUUUUGAAUUUUAAUUGCUAAUCACUGGAAUCAUGGGCUAUUUAAGUGUGUUUAAGCAAAAGUACUUUUUAAGUGGGGCAGAAUCCUUCCAAGCUUUCCUGCUAGAUGACCUGUUGCUCCUACUAGGACUGGCUAAAAAGUAGGACUGAAGAAGUGGGAUGGGGAAAGGAAUAAUAGGAAACCUAAUGUGAGUGAAUGUGUGCUUGGCACAUUUCCUGUGUGCUUCUAUCCUUUGCUGAUGUGUUGCUCCCUUCUGACCCACAUUAGCAUUUCCAAGAGGCCUCUUUGAGAGAGGCCCUCUGCAGGCCCUUUGUCUUACUAGUUAAGAAUUCAUCACCACUGUAGGGAUUUCUAACUAUCAUUCUAGGACUAUGACUCUUUUUUGUCCUCAGCUUCUUGGGAAGGAAUAAAUAGCAAAGUUAUUUCUAUAUAUGACAUUUGGGCAUUGCUGGGGCCUCAAUCAGUGUGUUCAUCUUCUCCCUCCCUCCCUUCCUCUUGCAUUCCUCUGAAAGAGGUACUGAAGAAGGGAGGAAAACAUUCCUUAGUAGAGUACAUAUAGGCAGAAUCUGCAUGCAGCUGUGGCACUGCUAUAGUUUUGGUGACCUUAUUAACUAGAUUUCCUGGGACAAUCCAGAUUUUGUGUUCUGUCUUCUAGGCAUAAGCCAUUAAAAUACUUGGAGACUACUAAGUGUUUGGCAUUAGAAAAAUAAAUGAAAAUUUCACUUAGGUCACCACUUAUACCCAGAAAAACCCUUUGAUACAAACCAUGUGUUCUGAUUUUUGUUUAGAAAAUAUAAUUGAAACGACUAAAGAGUAAAUGAAAAUUCCAUAGAUUGUUUCCUAUUAUCUGGUUUUGUUGUAUGUUUCAAGGAGCUUUAUAUGAGUUGCUAAAUUGUUCUUCCAGUUGAAAUCUAAUUUGCACAAUCAUUCUGUAUUUAAAGGUUAAACAUAUACCUUUUAAUGAAAUUUUUUUUUAAAUCAA